AUGGCCGCGCGCCCCGGGCCGCUGUGGCUCGUGGGCCUGGCGCUGUGCGCGCUGAGCGGCGGCGGCCCCGGCCCGCGCCCCCCGGCCGGCUGCCCGGCCCGCCGCCUGGGCCCGCGCGAGCGCCGCGACAUGCAGCGCGAGAUCCUGGCGGUGCUCGGGCUGCCCGGGCGGCCCCGGCCCCGCGCCCCGCCCGCCGCCGCCCGGCUGCCGGCGUCGGCGCCGCUCUUCAUGCUGGGCCUGUACCGCGCCAUGGCCCGCGACGACCACGAGGACGGCGGCCCCCCCGCGCGGCGCCCGGGCCGCGCCGACCUGGUCAUGAGCUUCGUCAACGUGGUGGAGCGUGACCGCACCCUGGGCCACCAGGAGCCCCACUGGAAGGAGUUCCACUUUGACCUGACCCAGAUCCCGGAGGGGGAGGCGGUCACGGCCGCUGAGUUCCGGAUUUACAAGCUGGCCAGCACCCACCUGCUCAACAGGACUCUGCACGUCAGCACGUUCGAGGUGGUCAGGGAGCAGUCCAACAGGGAGUCUGACUUGUUCUUUUUGGAUCUUCAGACGCUCCGAGCUGGGGACGAGGGCUGGCUGGUGUUGGACGUGACAGCAGCCAGUGGCCGCUGGUUGUUGGGCCGGAACAAGGACCUGGGGCUCCGCCUCUAUGUGGAAACGGAAGAUGGGCGCAGCGUGGAUCCUGGCCUGGCCGGUCUGCUGGGGCGACGGGCGCCGCGCUCCAAGCAGCCUUUCCUGGUCACUUUUUUCAGGGCGAGCCCCGGUCCCGUCCGCGCCCCUCGGGCAGCGAGGCCCCUGAAGAGGAGGCCGCCGAAGAAAAGCAACGAGCUGCCGCACCCGAACCGCCUCCCAGGGAUCUUCGAUGACGUUCAUGGCACCGAUGGCCGGCAGGUGUGCCGGCGGCACGAGCUCUACGUCAGCUUCCAGGACCUGGGCUGGCUGGAUUGGGUCAUCGCCCCCCAGGGCUACUCAGCCUAUUACUGUGAGGGCGAGUGCUCCUUCCCGCUGGACUCGUGCAUGAACGCCACCAACCACGCCAUCCUGCAGUCCCUGGUGCACCUGAUGAAGCCGGAUGCGGUCCCCAAGGCGUGCUGUGCCCCCACCAAGCUGAGCGCCACCUCCGUGCUCUACUACGACAGCAGCAACAACGUCAUCCUGCGCAAGCACCGCAACAUGGUGGUCAGGGCGUGCGGCUGCCACUGAGGUGCUGCCCACCCCCUGUGCCUCCUGCCUGCGUCCCCCCACUCCGGAGGCAGGGAACCCUGUAACCCAGCCUGGUCCUCAGAUCAACAUAUGUAUGCUCCCCUCGCCUUCCUGCCCGGGCUGGAUCUUCUCCAGGCCUCUGCAUCCUUCCCUGCCUGCGGUUUGUGACAGUCCUUUGGCCUCCAGGCCUGGUGGUCUGAGUCAUCAAGUAGGUUCUCUCCCAGCCUCCUCCACAAGCACAUCCUGACCAGCAUUUUGGGUUGAAACCGAAGUCCUGUCUGAGGACCUACCCAUGCAGGGUGGUCUGCGGUAAAUAGGCACCUAGGGCUCAGGGUGGCUACCUCCGGGUCUUCACUGUCCAUUUCAGGGCUUGGUAUGUGUAGACAGGGUCUGGUCCACCUCCGGUUGCCUGCCCCUCCCUGGCGCUUUCUUUUUUUUUUUUUUUUUUUUUGUUAGAAUGUGGACUUGCCCUCGUUGUGUAGUUGUGGGUCUGAAUUACAGCCCGCUGGCCACAGGCAUGUGGGUCAACUCGAGGAAGAGUUGAAUGAACAACAUGGUGUAGGACAAAGGCCGAUGGCACUUGUCUCCCCCUCCCGUCUUCCUGUCUUGAUCUGCCUCUGCCAUCUGGGGAAGGGGUACAGGGCAUGGACGUUUGGCCUUUGUAGGAACAAAACAUUUGGACGGUUUUGUUCGCCUGCCUGUCCCCAUGCUGAGCCACGAGCAGCUCAGCCCCAUGGGAAGCUCCGUAUUGAGCCUAUCCGGUGAUACGUCAGGUGGCCUGAGAUGACAGUGCUCAGCACACGUGAUGUGAUUUCCCUUUGGCGUGGCAAACACCAAUCAUCAAUCCUGAUAUUUUUUUCUUCCAAAUCUGUAUAGAAUUCUAAAAUGACGCAUACUGGAGUCCCCUGCAGCCACUGCCAGCAGAUCAAAGUUGACAUGUUAAGUGGAAACUGUUUGCCAUCUUGUGCAGGCCAGGGGGCAAUCCGCUUCACCCAGAGCAGUGCACCUGGGACCCCGGGCAGCCUGGGGCCAGGGCACGGCCUCCCAGCCCCCGCUAUGGCCAGAAGUUGUCACCAUAAUCUGCACCACCCUGUGUGCCCAGGAGUGCUGUCCUCUACCUUGGGACCUGUGAGCCAGGGCGCGACAGGCAGUAAUUAGGGGCCCGGGCGGGGCGCUCCCGGAAACCGCUCCUCUGCCUGGAGCCGCUGCCAAGCCUGUAAUUUCCCUGCUCAGCCCAGUCCAGCUGCCUGGGCCUGUCCCCCCCACCCCCCCCAGGCCCAGCGGGGCGGAGGCAGAAGCACCAUGUACCCCUGGGGCACAUCCCCAGUCACCCCGCCCCCAGAGGAGGGGCCCCAGGACCACAGGUGUGGAGGCCAGGCCCUGCUGGGGGACAAAAGCCCCUCCACAGGGACCUGGGGGUACAGGAGCAGACGCAGAUUGUGCCUGGACUGUGUGCUAGGGGGUGAGCUCCCUGUCAGUAUAAGGACCUAAACUCUGGUCCAGAUGUGAGGCAACCAGACUUGGAGCCUCCUUUGGGCUUCACUUUCCCACCUGUACCUGUGGGCACUGGGCCUUCCGCCAGGAACGUGUCUAACCCUUUCUCACCCUGCACGCGGAGACAGCCUCAUGACCCUGGACUCGGGGCUCAGGUGGCGGUCACAGAUCGGCUGGUAGGACAGGAACCUGUUUGCCAUUCGAGUCCUCAGCUGACACUUGUCUUCCUAACAUCAAGGAUUGUCUUUCAGGCAAAUGUAAAUUUGAAAUCAGCCAAUUAUUUCAACAGUUUUUUACUUCCCCUGGUAGCCAGCACCCAGUGGCGGCCUGGCACAGCCAGCGGUGUGCCAGGGGUGUCUGUCAAAACCUCCUGUUCGGCAGCACAGCACGAGCGCCUGGAGCUAAGUCUCCCUGCGCAUGCACAACUGAAAAGCUUUCGCCUGGCUCCCUGGGUGCCGCUCGCAGAACCUCUGCAGCCCGCGCAGUCUCUAAAUGAGAUCCAACAGGAACUGCCCCGAGCAGGACGCAAUCGUGAGUGGACACAAAGCCUGUGCGUCUCCCUCUGUUUAUUGCACGGUGUGGCACGCGCUCGCUGCGUGCGUUCUGUUCCCAGUUGUCAGUUUGCUGAGCCUAGGACGGCAGCCGAGGGAGCGGCCCAGAUGCCGCCCUUUCCCUUCCUCUUGCUCAGGCCGUGGCUUGUGUACCUGGUUGCACGGGACUGAAGGCUACGCACAGGGGGACAGUCAGGCCCGUGGACAGCCACGAGGAGUCCGUGACUGCUGCCAGGAAAAGGCUGAGGAGAAAGGUACAGCAGCCUCGGUUUGGGGAGCACGAGGCUGGCCUCGAGGCCUUGUCGGCACAUUUCUGCUCUAAGGUUUUCUAAAUUGGGGAAGUAACUUGUUCUGGAAAAAUCCAGAAACAGGAAAAGAGGCCACAUAGCAAGAGGACAGAGGUGUGGAGUCAGAUGGGUCUGAAUCUUGGUUUUUCUUCUGCGGAGCAGGAUCUUGGUUCCUUCCUUCCAAGCGAGUGUGAAGAUCACAUUUAGGACAAGGUGUCCCACGUAAACACUUAGCAACUGGAACUUGCUGGCAUUACCACAAGGAAUUUGCUGACUGCUUAGCCCUUUCUGUGCUUGUCCACUAAACCUCCUCUCAGAAAAUGUUCUGCAGAUGCUUUUUCCUACAAAAUCUACACCCUGCGAUCCACGGAGGGAGGACUUUGUGUUCUCACCGCUCUCAAGGCCUCAGGAAAGUGUCUGGUUAUGGCCAGGCUGGGAAUCGCCCCCAGUGCUCCCAGAGGCAGGGGGAGCCCACCAGCCUGCUGAAGGCACAAGCCUUGCCCCAUCUGUUGAAAAACGGAUUUUUAACUUAUCACAAAAAUAAUGCAGUUUUGGAGGAAAAAUUAGGAAAAAAUACAACUGAAGUCACCACAGUUGUAUGACUCAGAUAAACGCAGUAUCUGGAUGAAUUUAUUUCUAGGCUUUUCUCUUAAGAUACACGCAUAGAGAUGUUUACAUAUUAUAGAUGUUUUUACAAAAUUGGGAUCAUACUGUAUUAUAUGGAUUGCUUUCAAAUAUGCCUUUCCCACUUUAUUAUGCCGUAAAAAUUCUCCUGUUGAUAAAUAUUUUUUGAAAACA